ACGGGGAACGUAGGCAAAGAGUCGAUUUGCCCAGAGCUGCUACUUGUCCGCUUGGCCACCGAGUACAGGGCCCGCACUUGGGAGCGCAGAGACCCUCCCUGGCUUGGGCUGCCGCGGGCCCAGCCGAGCGAGACCACCUGUGAGGGCGGCUGAGAUUGGCGGAGGCAGUCAUGUGGGCGGUCACGUGCUGCGGCGAGCUCCGUCCAAAAGAAAAUGGGGUUUGGUGUAAAUCUGGGGGUGUAAUGUUAUCAUAUAUCACGCUACCUCGUAAAACCGACACUGAAAGCUGCCGGACAACAAAUCACAGGUCAAAAUUAUGAGUUCUUCGUAUUAUGUGAACGCGCUUUUUAGCAAAUAUACGGCGGGGGCUUCUCUGUUCCAAAAUGCCGAGCCGACUUCUUGCUCCUUUGCGCCCAACUCGCAGAGAAGCGGCUACGGGGCGGCCGCCGGCGCCUUCCCUUCGACCGUACCGGGCUUGUACAAUGUCAACAGCCCCCUCUAUCAGAACCCCUUCGCGUCUGGCUACGGCCUGGGUGCCGACGCCUACGGCAACCUGCCCUGCGCCUCUUACGACCAAAACAUCCCGGGGCUCUGCAGUGACCUCGCCAAAGGCGCCUGCGACAAGGCAGACGAAGGCGGGCUGCACGCCUCGGCCGAGGCCAAUUUCCGCAUUUACCCCUGGAUGCGGUCUUCAGGGCCGGACCGAAAGCGGGGCCGCCAGACCUACACGCGCUACCAGACGCUGGAGCUGGAGAAGGAGUUCCACUUCAACCGCUACCUGACGCGGCGCCGCCGCAUCGAGAUCGCCCACGCGCUCUGCCUGACCGAGCGCCAGAUCAAGAUCUGGUUCCAGAACCGCCGCAUGAAGUGGAAGAAGGAGCAUAAGGAGGAGGGUCCGGCCGCUUCCGGCGCCCCCGAAGGUGCCGCGCCCGCCGCCUCUGCAGCCGCCGCCGCCGCCACCGCCGCGGACAAGGCCGACGACGAGGACGAAGACGAGGAGGAGGACGACGAGGACGAGGAGGAGGAGGAAUGAGGGCCCUGGCUGCACCAGACAGUCUGGAAAGCGUCUUUAGAGACUGAUUUUAUUUACAAAAGUGGAAAAAGAAAUAAAAUGUUAAAAAAAAAAAAACACCCACUCCCCAACCUGCAUCCAAUCUACUCCAUUACCCACUCCAGCUCCCAGUUUUUUUUUUUGACUGAGCAGUCACCAAACUGGGUCCCACUGGGGAUCCCCUCUGCCUCUGAGGACCCCCAACAGACACCCCCAACCCCAGGCCGACCAGCUCUACGCUGGCACGGUUAAAAUACUACCUAGCACAGGCCUCCUCCAGGAGAGGCACUCCCAAACUACCUAUGGGCCCAGCCCCAGAGGGCCUCCACUCCCAGGAAGCCCAGAAGUGUCCCAACACUGUCAGACCCCCAGCACCUCCCCCGGUACCGGCAAGGACCUGAUUCUCAGUACUACCUACUCGCCCCAAACUACCUAUUUUGUGCUCGCUGGCUCGCCUGCUACCUAUUGCCGAACCCUCCCCCCUCCUCGGCCAGGCCUCUGCUGCUUCCGGCUAGUAGCCUUUGGGGUCCCUGAGGCUGCGCUGAGAAGGCGCUGGGAUCCGGGGACCAGGGCAUUGGCUUCUAUUUAAAUGGAAAAUAAUAUAUUUAUUCCAAAGCAUUCUAAGUGCUACAAUCUAGAAUUCCUCCUUCUUUGGUCUGGGCACCUCCUGUUCAGGCCCAUCAUCCCCUCCUUCUGGAGCAUUCCCAAGCUAGCUGCCUGGGCCUCUGGGUUCACUUCUGCUUAGUAGGACUGCAGAGAUGCUCCCAGCCUCCCUGCCCCUCCCCUGGCCCUUGUGUCCUACUGUCCAGCCAUGUUGAAUAUGUGUACCCUGACUUUUCCUACAAUGGCAAAUAUUGUAUAUUUGAACAUGAUUUUUUUUUUUUUUUUUUGGUCAUUUAUAUAGUCUUCGAGCUCAUUUGUAAGGCAAUGUCCUGACUUGGGAAGGAUGUGUUAAUGGGGUGACUUUGUAGCAUGGUGUGUUGUCUUGAGCUAACUCUAUAGCCGGUGAGGGGACUUAUGCCCUUCCCAGUGCCCUUCAUCUCCUGUGUUGUCCUGUGUCCCCCUCAUCCCUCUCAGCUCUAGUCUGGGCUUCCAGGAAUGGGAAGGUACCUUUUCCUACACUUCCCGUCUUGCCCAGUUAACAGUGUUUUAUGUAACAGAAAAAUAAAGAUGCUUGAUGACAAAGAACUGUGGACUGCUUUAUCUGGGAGUUGUGGUGUGCUGGGGAAGAGAGAGUGAAGCAUGACUGGAGAGCAAGCCCUGGCUAGGUCUGUAUGGCCAAAGGGGCUUUGGGACAGCAAAAUGGAAGGACGGAUAGGGUUCAAGUGCUGGGUGUCAUGUACUAGUGUAUGUGCCUGUUGACUCCCUUUUCGCAUGGAUUGCUAUGGAGAUUUAUAUAGGUGUCUUUGUGUCUUUAUUUUUGUGAGCCCACAACUAUGUAUUUGUGUCCAUAAUUGUGUGCACACAUUUCUGUGUGUCCAUAAUUGUACAUGCACAUUUCUGUGUGGAGAUUUUUUUCUGGUUUGGGUGUGUAUACAAACAUCUUCCAGAUCCCUAAAAACGGAAAUCUUCGAUUGAUACAUUAUAAUCUAUUCUAUGAACCUCCCCCAAACCCUCCAUGGAUUCCAGGAGAGAAUCCCAAGUCCACCCUUUCCUCUAAGGUUAUAGAGUGGGUUCCAGAAGGUAUAUCAUCCUGCGACUGAUUCCGAAUUCCCCAGGAGCCCUGAACCCAGCCCAGGAAAGGACGCAGGAUUCAGGGCC